GAUGAGAGAAUGGAGAAACUCCUCCCAGUCCUAAAAGACAGUCACAUCUAUCAUCGCUGCUCGCGUUCCAUUGGGGAAAACUGGUCACAUGGCCACAUCCGGAUGCAAGGCAGGCAGGAAAUGCAGUACCCUGCCGACAGCCACCCUCCAGCAGCAGCUCUGUAUUAUAAAAGAGGGAACACAAAGUUUUGGUGGACAGUGGCUGUCUUUUCCAGAACCAUAGUAAAUCACCAACCUCCUAGGUUCUUCAUCUAUAACACAGAAAGCAGCACUUGACUGCGGCAACGGACGUUUGCUAAAAUCACUGAAUCGUACGCCUACUACCGGUAAAUUUUGUGGUGUGUACUAAUAUAGCUGUGUUUUUAAGAAAAAAAAAAAAAACAGAGGGAGCAUCUUGCCCUUCUUCCCAGGGUUCUUAUGAGGACUCCGUAAGUGACAUUUUGCCAAGCUGGCACUGUGUGUAUGCAUGUGGGGGGGGAGGGUAGGGAAGGCAGGCUCCAAAGUAGCUCUGAGUUGGGUUGUGCAUUGGGUAUGGUUUUCGUAAGAGAGGCACCCAGCUCAAGCCACCUGCCAACAGGAAGUGGUAGGCGGUUCGGUCUUGUUUCUUGCUUGGGAAGCCCUCCCGGCGUGUGGCGGAAGACCCAGCCCACAGGGCCAGAGCCACAACUGCUGCCGGGAAGGCUGGGUGACACCCACCUGCCUUCAGCCACACAGACCGGAAACCAAGGGCCUCCCUCGGGGCCAGCGAGGACACACACACUUGAGGUGCAAGGCACGUGAGGUCCCCCGGCAUGGCACAGUCGGCUGAACUGUGGACGGUAGGGCCGGCUACAUGGGAGGAACAGGGGGCCAGCCAGGGGCCUCCACCGCCCGCUGCUGGAAAGUUCACAGCCACCGAGUCCACAGCCGCUCCUUCAAGCGGAGGCAAUGGUGAUGAAGGCAAAAUAGUUUCAGGUCAAGUUCCCACCGAUGCCAGGUGUAUGUGCCCUCGACCACUCGGGGAGGCGGAUGUGUCUUAGUUUACUCUCUGGCCUGGAGUCCCCGCCUGAAGGAAGUUGCCGGUCUACCUACUGCUGGAGAAGAUGAGCGUGGGCUGCCCGGAGCCCGAGCCACCCCGCUCCCUGCCCUGCUGUGGGCCGGGGACCGCCCCUGGGCUGGGGGCAGGCGUGCCACUCCUCACUGAAGAUAUGCAGGCACUGACCCUCCGCACGCUGGCCGCUAGCGAUGUCACCAAGCACUACGAACUCGUCCGGGAGCUGGGCAAGGGCACCUAUGGGAAGGUCGACCUGGUGGCCUACAAGGGCACGGGCACGAAAAUGGCGCUGAAGUUUGUGAACAAGAACAAGACCAAGCUGAAGAACUUCCUGCGGGAGGUGAGCAUCACCAGCAGCCUCUCCUCCAGCCCCUUCAUCAUCAAGGUCUUUGACGUGGUUUUUGAGACCGAGGACUGCUACGUCUUCGCCCAAGAGUACGCACCCGCCGGGGACCUGUUCGACAUCAUUCCUCCUCAGGUGGGACUCCCCGAGGACACGGUGAAGCGCUGCGUGCAGCAGCUGGGGCUGGCGCUGGACUUCAUGCACGGGCGGCAGCUGGUGCACCGCGACAUCAAGCCCGAGAACGUGCUGCUGUUCGACCGCGAGUGCCGCCGCGUGAAGCUGGCCGACUUCGGCAUGACGCGCCGCGUGGGCUGCCGCGUGAAGCGGGUCAGCGGCACCAUCCCGUACACGGCGCCCGAGGUGUGCCAGGCCGGCCGCGCCGACGGCUUCGCGGUGGACACGGGCGUGGACGUGUGGGCCUUCGGCGUGCUCAUCUUCUGCGUGCUCACCGGCAACUUCCCGUGGGAGGCGGCGUCGGGCGCGGACGCCUUCUUCGAGGAGUUCGUGCGCUGGCAGCGGGGCCGCCUGCCCGGGCUGCCGUCGCAGUGGCGCCGCUUCACCGAGCCCGCGCUGCGCAUGUUCCAGCGCCUGCUGGCCCUGGAGCCCGAGCGCCGCGGGCCGGCCAAGGAGGUCUUCCGCUUCCUCAAGCACGAGCUCACGUCCGAGCUGCGGCGCCGGCCCUCGCACCGCGCGCGCAAGCCCGGGGACCGCCCGCCCGCCGCCGGGCCGCUGCGCCUCGAGGCGCCCGGGCCGCUCAAGCGGACGGUGCUGACCGAGAGCGGCAGCGGCUCCCGGCCCGCGCCCCCCGCCGUCGGGCCCGCGCCCGUGCCCGUGCCCGUGCCCGUGCCCGUGCCGGUGCCCGUGCCCGUGCCCGAGGCCGGCCUGGCGCCCCCGGGCCCCCCCGGCAGGACCGACGGCCGCCCGGACAAGAGCAAAGGGCAGGUGGUGCUGGCCACGGCCAUCGAGAUCUGCGUCUGAGCCGCCCCCGCCGCCCUCGGGCCGGGGCGCCGCGCUCGCACCAGGCCGGGCCGCCGGGAGCCGCCCCGGGCCCGCGCCAAAACGGGGGGGCUUGGCGGCGGCCGCGGCAGAUCCGACCAGCCCCCGCGGCGGCAGGAGGGAGUAGCGGUAGGCUAGGCGGGACGGCGGGCCCAGGCGCCGGGUCCGCGGCGGGCCGCCGAGAUAGCCACCGAGAGACCUCUCGCCCCGCCUGUGGGGCAGGGACUUGGCCCACAGGAGCCGAGCCCCACAGACCCGAGGAUUCAGAGGCGCCCCCUCCCCCGUCCCCCGACACCAGGAGCAAGGGAGCUUGCGGGCAGACUCCCCCACACCGCCCCGAACCCUGGAACCCUGCCUAGUUGCUCCUGGCCCUUUGCACCCCCUGGCAGAUCGUCCCGCAGUCCCACCCCUGGUCCUGCCCUCCUGGCCACCCUACCCUGCGCCACCACGCCCCCGGGCACAUAAGGGGACUGAAGUGUUGGGGCAGAGAAGGGGAGUAGGGCCCCCGGACACUGGCUGCGGGCGGGGUGGGGGUGGGGGGGAGGCGAUGAGCUGGGGGCAGGGGCGUUGCUCACCUGCGUCCUGCCCCUUUCCCGGGAGGCUGGAGGGAAGAGGCCAAAAGCCCUCGGCAAAAUGUAGCAAAUGUCUGGAUGCUGCAAAAGUGUGUGUGUACAGGCACGGACCCGAAGAAUCUAGUGACUCCCACACAACCUGUUCCCCGGAUGAGGACACUGAGCACAGGAGGAGGGCAACUGGCCUGGAGCCGCACAGCCCCUGAGAGGUGGCGCUCUCGAAGCCCUCCCCCUCCUCCCCAGCGAGCGUCCCACUCCCUCGUGACUGACGGGCUGCCGGGGCGGGGCCUCAGCUGCCCUCCUCCCCCCGCCCCCCACCGCAUCCCUAAGGCGAAGGGAGUGAGCGCCGCGCCUAGGGCCGGCCCAGCUCCCCCUGCUGGCCGCACCUGCCCAGGCCCGGGAGCCCCAGAUCCUAGGUCCUGGCUCCCCGAGCCCAGACCCGGUGGCCUGGGCUGCUGGCAGGCGGCGAGGUGAUUCGUGCCAGGAAUACCCCCGGGUUUCUGCCGGGGACCAGCAUGUCAGCCUGGGGUUGCCCCCAUCCCCGCGUCCCCCAGGUUCCCGGUCCUGGAGUAUGCCGCUGUGGGCGAGAGAAGGGGGGUCCGUGGAAACAGGAGGGGGGUGAGUGUGUGUGAGUAGGCGUGCGUGCGGUGUGUGAGUAGAGUGGACGUGUACGCGUGCAGUCCUGUGUGUUCGGUGAUUGCAUCCAGACGCCUCUGGAGACCACUCUGCCCCAGGACCCUCCCCAGGCAGCUGCCAGAGGGCGUCCAGGCCUGUGCUUCACCCGCCCCUCAGGGAAUCUGGCAGGGAGGCACCUGCGGGCUGGUUCCAGCCCCCAGGCAGCAAAACAGGCACCCCAGCUCACCCAGUGUUCCCCCAUGACCCCUGCCAUCUCUGGAGGCCUGGGACCCCGCAAUAACCUCUACAGGGGUGAGGCUGCUCCUUCUGCCUGACCGUGUCCCGUCUACCAGCCCGGGCCGCACCUGCCAGGGUCCCACUGGGGUUCUAGGCCAUCUGGGGGGGCUCUCCGAUGAGCCGGGCUGGCCAGGGAGGGCCUGACCACCCUCUGGCCUGGAGCCCCCACCUCUCCACUCAUCCCUCAUUCCCAUCGCGCAAAAGGGCUAUAGGUCCCCCUGCCCUGCCUGGGUCCAGUUUACAAACUGCGGUUGCCCCAGGGCCUGGCCCCGCUCUCCUCGGUGCGCCCGCCCUCCUCGAGACCCAUCUCUCCAGUGGGCACUGGGGCCCUCCACACGCCAGGUAAGUAGCAAACCCUCCUCCCACCACGGGCCAAGUUUCAGAGAAGGCCCCCCGUCACUGCCCCUGGCCCACCUGGAGCCCAUCCGGGCCACCUCUCUCUCCCAGCCGCGACUUCUCCUUUUGCCUUAGGCCUCUCGACACCCCGUCUCUCCUGCAAUAACAAGGAAGCAAGAUUCCAAGUAGAUGUCCCUCGCCGUGUGCCCUCUCUCUCUCUCUCUCUUUCUCUGUUAAGAUCCUCUUUGGGAGUUUCUCCCUCGUCGUAGUAUCUAGAAUGUUAGACUCGGGAAGGGGACCGUAGUUAUGUAGCCCAGCCCCUGUUUGCGGAGGCACAGAGAGGGGCAGCGAUGGCCCCACGCAGGAGCAGGGCCGAAGAAGCCCGGCCUGCUCCGUGGCCACUGGGGCCCUGUGCUGCCACCUGCUAGUUGGGUUGGGACCCCUCGCCCCUUAGGAGAGGUGUUGGUCACAGAUGUUUACCUCAGUUUAUGUCACUGUCGAAGAAACAAAUAGCAAAAAAUUAAUAACACCGUAGACACGCAGACUUAGAAGAUGAAAAACACACAAAAGAUCUUCCCCUGGCGAUUCUUCUGUGAAGGUGUGUGUGUGUGUGUAUGUGUGUGUGUGAGCGUGUCCGUCCCAUCCCGGGCAGGCUGGGUCAUCCCCGGUCUCUGUCAUAGCCCCUGUGCCUCCAUACUGCCCCUGUCCUUCGGUGCUUCCCAGAGGCCCCUCUGAGCUGGCCUGUGGGGUGUGGGGAGCCCCCUGGGCAGGAGGCGGGGCCGCAGGUUAGCUAGAGCCCCACUGAGCAGAGCCCCACGGCUGCCACUGCUCCCUGAGCCCGUGCUGUGGCCGGUGGGACAGUCCUGGUGGCUAGCAUCAACAUCCAAGCCUGGCUCAGGGCCUGGGCGGAAUCCCAGCCCCUCAUGUCUUGCCACCCCCCCCCACCAUGUGUUUGUAAAUAUUCCGGCAUCCUUUGGCCCUGAGAAGGUUUUUAAAUGUGUUAUUUACUUCUCUAAUCAUGACAAUUGCUAUAAAAUAAACAAAAGCCUAGAAAAAUUA